CACGGAGGGGGUAGAAACAGAUUCCUGAGCGCUGCUCGAAUUUCCUGCAAUCACAUCCUCACAUUCAUCUGCCGACCGAGACGCUGCGUGCGCUUUUGUUACUUCAGCACACCAAACUGGAUCUGUCUCCCAAAAUGAUGUUUCGAUGUUUUCCCGUUGUGGUUUUCCUCCUGGUCGUAGUGUGCUGUUAUGCCGAGCAGGAGGCACAGAGCAAAUCAAAGGUGUGUGCUAAUGUGUUCUGUGGUGCUGGAAGAGAGUGUGCAGUGAAUGAGAAGGGAGAGCCCAGCUGUCUGUGUAUUGAGGAAUGCAAGCCUCAUAAGCGCUCUGUAUGCGGCAAUAAUGGAAAGACUUACCGCAACCACUGCGAGCUGCACCGUGACGCCUGUCUCACUGGACUCAAGAUCCAAGUGGCCCAUGACGGACACUGCAGAGAGAAGAAACAGGAGAAGGCAGCAGCUAGUCCAGUUGUGUGUUACGUUGCUGAUCGUAAUGAGUUGCGUAGACGUGUUAUCGACUGGCUGCAAACAGAGGUUGUUCCAGAUGGCUGGUUCACUAAGGGUUCUAACUUUACCGAUAUUCUCCUCAAGUACUUCAAGAAUUAUGACAAUGGCGACUCUCAGCUGGAUUCUGCCGAGCUACUCAAGUUCAUUCAGCACAAUGAGACCGCUGUACAGAUGAACUCUUUCGUUGAGGAGGAGAAUAACCGCUUGCUCAGGAGUCUUUGUCUUGAUGCUCUUAUUGAGCUCUCAGAUGAGAAUGCUGACUGGAAGCUAAGCUUUGAUGAGUUCCUCAACUGUCUAAAACCAGGCUUCAACCCACCUGAGAAGAAAUGUGCUCUGGAGGACGACACCUUCGAAGACGGAGCCGAGACACAGGUGGACUGUAACCGUUGCGUCUGCGCAUGUGGGAACUGGGUCUGCACUGCCAUGACUUGUGAUGCGAAAACCCCAGUUAUAGAGACAGAUGAAGGUCAUGAGAUGACAGAGGAAGAGUGGACCCACCGUGUUGCUGAACUCAACAAGCAUCAGGAAACUGUUGAGAAGAUGAAGACCAGCACAAAAGAGGUCUAAAACCACAAAUAGAGCAGGAGAUGUGAACGAAAUUCCUCUCCUACCGAUCACAACCAGGAUACAAGAGAUAAUGUACUGUUAUUGGAAGAAUCGCACCAUUUUCCACGAAUAGGUUAUUUCUUAUUUACAUUUAUUUGCUACCCUUAUUGCAUCUAUUCUGUAGUUAAGGCGUUUUGUUGUAUUGUACUUUUGUAUGUAUUUCAUUAGCUUUUCACAAUUUUGUAUGUUUAUUUGUUUGUCUUCGAGUGCUGUACAUUGUUAAACUUUGCAAAAGAGGCCCCAGCACUUUGUUUUGGGGGCCCUUAUUUUAUUCAAUUUUUGGUUUAUGUAAUAUUCUUUUUACCAUUUAUUUGUUUGUCUUCAGUUAUCUGUGGAAAUAUGUUAUUUGUGAUUGAGACGAUGGCAAUAGAUUGAAUCAGAAAGGGGAAGAGAAUGAGAACCUAGGUCCAUCCAUCCAACUGACUUGAGCUGAUAAUACGAUGCAGGUUUUGUCAAAGCUUAAAAGCAAGAGAUAGGAUAUGGUUUAUAUCAAUGUAAGGCUGAAGAGAAAGUACUUGAGGCUUUGUUAUGCCUACUUUUGCUCCUCAUUCUUAUCAUUGCGAAGACAGUCAUAGUCUUGAGACCUUUCGUAAAGGUGCUAAUGUUUGUAUUUCUCUGUUUUGCUGCUUUGCCCUUUUACUUUAGACAGUAGAUGAAGCUUAGUAGGACAUAUAGUAAAACACUAGAUAGAGGAACAGCCAGUAAUUUCGAAAGAGGUUAACUUCUGUGCAGCUAGCUUGACCAAACAAAAUAGCAAAAGAAUAAUUGAAUUGUAACAGGUUUUCCGUAUGACAAAACCACUGCGUUGUUACUUGACUCUUUCCGCUAUGAGCGAUGUUGCCGCAGGUCUUCUGUCAAAGUCCUCCUAUUUUGUAGAACACUUCAUACAUAAAGUAGAACAAUUUCACUUCGGCUAAGCUUGAGUUUAUAUUUAUAUUAAUUGCUAAAAGCAGUUCAUGCUGACUCUGAUCAGUCCAAUCCUCAGAUUCACAGGAGAACUAUGACUGAGCUUAAUCAUGUUUUGUCAAUUCAGGAUUUAAACUCUUACACCAUGCCUACAUCGGACGCGACAGGCGCAACAUGAAAACCUGCUUGUUCUGAAUGGCUUUGGCACGUCGUGCCGCAUCCAAAGUGGACAAUUUUUUUAAUAAUAAUGUGUUCUAAUCCAUUUCUAAUGACUUUUGUCGUGUCGCGUCCGGUCUAGACAUGGUGAUGGUGACGGGACUGAGUCAAGAUAGAAUCUGAAACCAAAGUCUGAUGUUGAUGUUGUACAAAAAUCUCCAGGUAUGCCACUACUCUGGACCCAGCAACAACUUUUUACCUGUUAAGUGAAAUACUUGUCAGAAUAUGAAUUAGAUUUGCUUUUGCCUCUGUAGUGUAGUUCUAUUCUUUAAAGAAUCGAGUGCGUAUGAGUGUGAAAAUAUAAUUUUUGUUUGCGUUCUCUUGUUUAAUUUCCACUAAAUUCCACUAACAGUAUGGAUCUUUGUGUUAAAGAGUGCCUUAAAUAUACAAACAGUGUGCCACUGAUAAAGUGGCUUGUUAUGUAUGUAUGAACCACCUAAUAUAGGACACAGUGCACAUGAACUUUUCAGUAUUAUAGUAGACACCUAGCAAUUCUCUUUUAUAUGUGUGUAUGCCUGUCUUAUUCAAUGAGACAGAAUUAAACAUUUUCUUGUAAAACUGCUCAGUUUUUACUCAUAUGUACUUCUGUGAUUAUUAUCGGACAUGUACUGCGUGCUAAUAAUAAUCUUUAUAGAAAAUAAAAGGUACCUCCGUCAAUAAAGAAUCCCUUUGACAUCA